AUGGCUGCCUCUCUGAUCGUCCCUCGUGGAGCAGACGGAGCUGAGAGCAAGCACGUCGUCGUCAUGAAGACGGAAGCGGUUGCCAAAGCCGUCGCGAGCACAGUUGCGAGAAUUGUUUCUACUACUGACUACACUUACUCCAACCUUUUCAACGGCUUCUCAGCUAGCCUUACCAAAUCCGAGCUGAAGGAUCUACUCAACGACCCCAACGUCGAUUUCAACGAGAAGGAUCAUACAACUUACACCUAUGACGAAAGUGCCGGUCAAGGCACAUGCACUUAUGUUCUCGACACAGGCAUUGAGGUCGACCACCCUGAAUUCGAGGGCCGCGCCAGAUUCGUGCAGAACUUUGUUGAUAACGCUGACUUGGAUGCUAAUGGUCAUGGGACUCAUAUUGCGGGCUCCAUUGGGUCUAAAACGUAUGGUGUCGCAAAGAAGACGCAGCUCUUCGCAGUCAAGGUCCUAAAUGAGUAUACAGCGGGUCAGACAUCGGGAAUUCUCGCGGGUAUGGAUUUCAUUAUUGAGAAUGCUGCUAAUCGAAAGUGUUCCAAGGGCAUUGUGGUCAAUAUGCCGUUGAGUGUUGCUUCUUCACCUGCCAUCAACGCAACUGCGCUAUAUCCAGCUGGUAAUGACGCCACGGACGCUUCUCACGUUUCGCCAAGCAAUGAAUCUGUGGCUCGUACUGUUGGAGCAACCGCCCGUAACGAUACAAGAGUCUCAUUCUUUAAUUACGGUGUUUCUGUGGACGUGUUUGCCCCUGGUGUCUAUAUCAAGAGUACCUGGAUCAAAGGAGGUGUCAAACUCGAGUCAGGCACAUCAAUGGCAACACCACCCAUUGGCCUCGCGGCUUAUCUCUUAGGCAUCAAGGAUAUCAAAGCAUCAGAAUUAUGCAACCUUAUUGCAACCAUGUCUCUGAAAGACGUCAUCAAGGGCAUUCCUGAAAACACGGUCAACCUGUUAAUCCAGAACGGCGAAGCGAAGUAA